CAUUGGCUGAUGCUGCACCGGCGUUUUCUUUAAUUCGAAGUGACUGGGGAAAUGAUGGUCCGUGCCCUCAAUGACACGCUGGUUAGGACAUUUCCCACUGGCCGCAGGCCGAGUCGCGCUCUCCAUUCCACUCUCAUCCCGACCCCAGUGCCUCGUUCCCUCACUCUCUCGCUGGCACCCCCGGAGAGAGACUGAAGAUUGCGCUCGGAUCGAGAAAUCAAUUCAAUCCCAUCGCAUGUUUGGCGCCUGCCGUCACCGCACCAGGUCCAUUACCGUGCUCGUUCCGUCCCAUCUAAUUCGGUCUCGUCAAUUCUUUUUCUUGAUUAUUUUGAGUCUUAUCUUGCUACUUCUUCUCAACCUCGAAUUUCAAGCGCGCAAGGGCGGCUCAGCAUCCCGAAGCCGCUGCUGCUGCGCAAAAGAUUUUCGCUCGUCGCGCUUCGCGCUUCAUCCUUCCCUAAAAUCUUCCUGAUCAUUUAUAUUGCCACGGGCGCUCUCCGCUAGAGAUCUUUUAGUCCUCUAUACCGCAAUCCACAACGAUGGCGGCAAAUCGACAUCUUCCGGAGCGCCGCAAUCCUCUGCUACUCAACGACAUACCAGACCGUAAGGCUGCUCUU